GACAGUCUAGAGCAGCACUAGCGCAGAGUGAGACUCAUCAGCUGGCAAGCGGGGCUCAGUGUCUCUGGGUUCAGGAAUCCUUGGGCAGUAGAAGGGACUUACUCCUCAGCCCCAUCACUGCUCCUGCCCCUCCAGAGGGAGGACCAUGGACGGAGGGAGGUCCGUGGCUAACGGCUUCUGAGCCGUCCGUCCAUGCAGGCCCAUCACCCUGACCCCUCCUGCCUAGGUUUCUGCCUUUUCUCUGUCUUUGGCUAGCUGGGGGAGGGGGUAGAGUCCGGGUGAGCAACAUGGCCCAGAGCAGGAGGCACAUGUCCAGUCGGACGCCGAGUGGCAGCAGGAUGAGUACGGAGGCAAGCGCCCGGCCCCUGCGGGUUGGCUCCCGCGUGGAGGUGAUUGGGAAGGGCCACCGAGGCACUGUGGCCUAUGUUGGAGCCACACUCUUUGCCACUGGCAAAUGGGUGGGCGUGAUUCUGGAUGAAGCAAAAGGCAAAAAUGAUGGCACUGUCCAGGGAAGGAAGUAUUUCACAUGUGAUGAAGGCCACGGCAUCUUUGUACGCCAGUCCCAGAUCCAAGUAUUUGAAGAUGGAGCAGAUACUACUUCCCCAGAGACUCCUGAUUCUUCUGCUUCAAAGGUCCUCAAGAGAGAGGGAGCCGAUGCAGCUGCAAAGACCAGCAAACUGCGGGGACUGAAGCCUAAGAAGGCACCGACAGCCCGAAAGACCACAACUCGACGGCCCAAGCCUACUCGCCCAGCCAGCACUGGGGUGGCUGGGCCCAGUAGCUCCCUUGGCCCCUCUGGCUCAGCGUCAGCCGGGGAACUAAGCAGCAGUGAGCCCAGCACCCCAGCUCAGACUCCGCUGGCAGCACCCAUCAUCCCCACACCGGCCCUCACCUCUCCUGGAGCAGCACCCCCACUUCCAUCUCCCUCUAAGGAAGAGGAAGGGCUGAGGGCUCAGGUACGGGACCUGGAGGAGAAGCUGGAGACCCUGCGCCUAAAACGCUCAGAAGACAAAGCAAAGCUGAAAGAGCUGGAGAAGCACAAGAUCCAGCUGGAGCAGGUGCAGGAAUGGAAGAGCAAAAUGCAGGAGCAGCAGGCAGACCUGCAGCGGCGCCUCAAGGAGGCUCGGAAGGAAGCCAAGGAGGCGCUAGAGGCAAAGGAACGCUACAUGGAGGAGAUGGCCGACACAGCCGACGCUAUCGAGAUGGCCACUCUGGACAAGGAGAUGGCUGAAGAGCGCGCUGAGUCUCUGCAGCAAGAGGUGGAGGCACUGAAGGAACGGGUAGACGAGCUCACCACAGACCUGGAGAUUCUCAAGGCUGAAAUCGAAGAGAAAGGCUCUGAUGGGGCCGCAUCAAGCUACCAGCUCAAGCAGCUGGAGGAGCAGAAUGCCCGCCUGAAGGAUGCCCUGGUGAGGAUGCGAGACCUCUCUUCCUCAGAGAAGCAGGAGCACGUGAAGCUGCAGAAACUCAUGGAAAAGAAAAACCAGGAGCUGGAGGUCGUGCGGCAGCAGCGCGAGCGUCUUCAGGAGGAGCUGAGCCAGGCUGAGAGCACCAUCGAUGAGCUCAAAGAGCAGGUGGACGCCGCUCUGGGAGCCGAGGAGAUGGUGGAGAUGCUGACCGACCGGAACCUGAAUCUAGAGGAGAAAGUGCGGGAGUUACGGGAGACUGUGGGGGACUUGGAAGCCAUGAACGAGAUGAACGAUGAGCUGCAGGAGAACGCACGGGAGACGGAGCUGGAACUCCGAGAGCAGCUGGACAUGGCGGGCGCCCGAGUGAGGGAAGCGCAGAAGCGAGUGGAAGCCGCCCAGGAGACAGUCGCCGACUACCAGCAGACCAUCAAGAAGUACCGCCAGUUGACUGCCCACCUACAGGAUGUCAAUCGGGAGCUGACAAACCAGCAGGAAGCGUCUGUAGAGAGGCAGCAGCAGCCGCCGCCAGAGACUUUUGAUUUCAAAAUCAAGUUUGCUGAGACCAAGGCUCAUGCCAAGGCCAUUGAGAUGGAGUUGAGACAGAUGGAAGUUGCCCAGGCCAACCGGCACAUGUCCCUGCUGACAGCCUUUAUGCCUGACAGCUUCCUUCGGCCAGGUGGAGACCACGACUGUGUCCUGGUGCUGCUGCUCAUGCCCCGACUCAUUUGCAAGGCAGAGCUCAUCCGGAAGCAGGCCCAGGAGAAGUUUGACCUGAGCGAGAACUGUUCGGAGCGGCCCGGGCUGCGGGGAGCUGCCGGGGAGCAGCUGAGCUUUGCUGCUGGACUGGUGUACUCGCUGAGUCUGCUGCAGGCCACGCUGCACCGCUAUGAGCAUGCCCUCUCUCAGUGCAGUGUGGACGUGUAUAAGAAGGUCGGCAGCCUGUACCCCGAGAUGAGCGCCCACGAGCGCUCCUUAGAUUUCCUCAUUGAGCUGCUGCACAAGGAUCAGCUGGAUGAGACUGUCAACGUGGAGCCCCUCACCAAGGCCAUCAAGUAUUACCAGCAUCUGUACAGCAUCCACCUCGCUGAACAACCCGAGGACUCCACCAUGCAGCUGGCUGACCACAUCAAGUUCACCCAGAGUGCCCUGGACUGCAUGGGCGUGGAGGUGGGGCGGCUGCGUGCCUUCUUGCAGGGUGGGCAGGAGGCAACAGAUAUUGCCCUUCUUCUCCGAGACCUGGAAACAUCAUGUAGUGACACCCGUCAGUUCUGCAAGAAGAUCCGAAGGCGGAUGCCGGGGACGGAUGCUCCUGGGAUCCCAGCAGCGCUGGCCUUUGGCUCACAGGUAUCCGACACACUCCUGGACUGCAGGAAGCACUUGACGUGGGUGGUAGCUGUUCUGCAGGAGGUGGCAGCUGCAGCCGCCCAGCUUAUUGCCCCCUUGGCAGAGAACGAGGGGCUGCCUGUGGCUGCACUGGAGGAGCUGGCCUUCAAAGCAAGCGAGCAGAUCUACGGGAGCCCCUCCAGCAGCCCCUAUGAGUGUCUACGCCAGUCAUGCACCAUCCUCAUCAGCACGAUGAACAAGCUGGCCACAGCCAUGCAAGAAGGCGAGUAUGACGCAGAGCGACCCCCGAGCAAGCCUCCUCCGGUUGAACUUCGGGCUGCAGCCCUGCGUGCAGAGAUCACAGAUGCUGAAGGUCUGGGUUUGAAGCUUGAGGAUCGAGAGACAGUUAUCAAGGAGUUAAAGAAGUCACUCAAGAUUAAGGGAGAGGAGCUGAGUGAGGCCAACGUGCGGCUCAGCCUCCUGGAGAAGAAGUUGGACAGCGCUGCCAAGGAUGCAGACGAGCGAAUCGAGAAAGUUCAGACACGGCUGGACGAGACUCAGACCCUGCUGCGGAAGAAGGAGAAAGACUUUGAGGAGACAAUGGACGCACUCCAGGCUGACAUCGACCAGCUGGAGGCAGAGAAGGCAGAGCUCAAGCAGCGCCUGAACAGCCAGUCCAAGCGCACAAUCGAGGGGCUCCGGGGCCCCCCUCCGUCAGGCAUCGCUACCCUGGUCUCUGGCAUCGCUGGUGGUGUUCAGCCUGGAACAUGCUUGCCCCAGUUUUACGCUGCCUGUUUGAGCAGGGUUUUGUUUUCCACGACGAUGCGUUCACAGACCUUUGUGUAAAGUAGCACGCCAUCAAGACUGUGCCAGUAAAGUCAGAAGAACGGCUGAGUUAGGCUCUGCCAUCCUGCCUUUCUCUCUCAGCCGUAUUCAGGAAAGGUCCAGCCACACUGCUGGAGUGCCAGCCUCGUGUGAGUGAAGCCAGUGUCUGAUGGCCCUCAGUGUGUGUGCUCCACUUCUGUUCUGACCUCUUCUUAGGUUCUUAAUGAGGUCAGAGAGCCGUAUGUGGAGUGUUGUGCCUUCCAGGCUGGUUCCCAGCUCCUGCUGCCUCUCGGUUCCCACUGCUCUAGUUGUUUCUGCCCCCCGCCCUGUCCCCUUUCAACAUGUGCUUAACAUUUUCACUCCAGAGAACAGUCUCCUAGCCCCACAGCUAAACCACCAGGGCUCUGGUCGUUCCUCAUCUCACCUGAGGACUUGCCCUUAUCAGAGGCCUUGUCAUAGAUUCGACUUGAUUCAGGACGGCGACCAAGUGCCUGUGUGACAGUGUACUCCCACAGCACAGACAGCUCCACAUGCUUUGAGGGGAAUCUCUUGAUUCACCAUUUUGUGCUGUUUUAGUAAGGCUCUUAAACAAAUUCUGCUUCUGGAUUAGUGAAACACCCCAUCAAACAAGGGAGGCGCUUACCUCAGAGCAGGGUAUCCUGAGGAGCAAGGCAGUACUUGCCCCUUCUUGCCAGGCUCUCCAGCCGGAGCAUUCGGUGCAGAGAUACACGCAGCCUCUGGAGUGGUUCCCAUGCCUUUCCUGGAGAUGAAACGGGAGGCAGGAGCAGCCUCACCCCGUGCUUCCUGUGUUCACUGACUCUGUCAUUCUCUCAGAGUGUGCUGGGCCUCACGGCCUCACCCACUGUUGCUCUCCUUCACAUGUCUGCUCAACCCCCCAAAGUCAGAGGUGGGGUUUUGGGAAGUUUUGGUGGUGAGGAGAAGGGUCUUCUGCGUGUUGUGCCCAGAGUCCCUCUGCUUUGUCCAGUGUCCCCUCAUUGUCUAAUCGCUCUCUCUCUUUUCUGCUCCCUCCUGGGC